CCCCAGAGGGAGGCAGUUGGAUGAACAUCUCCAUGAGAGAGCCCGUAAUCCCUGGGACGAGCAUGGCUUACCACCCCUUCCUCCCUCACCGGGCGCCGGACUUCGCCAUGAGCGCCGUGCUGGGCCACCAGCCCCCUUUCUUCCCCGCUCUGGCUUUGCCCCCCAACGGGGCGGCGGCUCUCUCCCUCCCCGGGGCUCUGGCCAAGCCGAUUAUGGAUCAACUGGUCGGGGCGGCCGACGCGGGCAUCCCCUUCUCCUCCCUGGGACACCAAGCGGCGGCUCACCUGAGGCCUUUGAAGACCCUCGAGCCGGAGGAAGAGGUGGAAGAUGACCCCAAAGUCCACCUGGAAGCCAAAGAGCUUUGGGAGCAGUUCCACAAACGGGGCACCGAGAUGGUGAUCACCAAGUCUGGAAGGAGAAUGUUCCCACCAUUUAAAGUGAGGUGCACAGGGCUAGAUAAAAAGGCCAAGUACAUUUUGCUGAUGGACAUUGUGGCGGCGGACGAUUGUAGAUAUAAAUUCCACAAUUCCCGGUGGAUGGUGGCCGGGAAAGCCGACCCCGAAAUGCCAAAGAGAAUGUAUAUCCACCCGGAUAGCCCAGCGACAGGCGAACAGUGGAUGUCGAAAGUCGUCACGUUCCACAAACUGAAACUGACUAAUAAUAUUUCGGACAAACACGGAUUUACUAUCUUGAACUCCAUGCACAAGUACCAGCCGCGGUUCCACAUUGUUCGGGCCAACGACAUCCUCAAACUGCCUUACAGCACCUUCCGCACUUACGUUUUCCCGGAGACCGAAUUCAUCGCGGUUACUGCAUACCAGAACGAUAAGAUAACCCAACUGAAAAUCGACAACAAUCCAUUUGCUAAAGGCUUUCGUGACACAGGGAAUGGGCGGAGGGAGAAAAGAAAACAACUCACCCUUCAGUCCAUGAGGGUUUAUGACGAGAGGCAGAAAAAAGAAAACGGGACCUCGGAUGAGUCCUCUAGCGAGCAAACAGCGUUCAGGUGCUUCGCCCAGUCCACCUCUCCCGCCGUCUCCGCUGUGGGCACCUCUAAUCUUAAAGAUUUGUGUCCCAGCGAUGGCGAAAGCGACUCGGAGAGCAAAGAAGACCCCCUGGAGGCCAGCGACUCCGGGAAAAUCACCACCACCACUACGGCCGGCACCCUCAACAGCAGUCCGGCCGCAGCAGCGACAGGGGCGGGAGGAGGGGCGGGAGAUGCCCGGGAGAAGCCCAGCCCCUCCAAGCCUUCUCUCUUCCUGCCGGACUCGGCCGGCAGCCGGAGCCGAGAGGGCGCCCCCAAGGCGCCGCUGGACUCCAGGCACAGCCCCGCCGCCAUCUCCUCCAGCACCCGCAGCCUGGGGGCCGAGGAGGUCAAGACCCCCCCGCGGGAGGACUGCCGGGGCCUGGCCAAGGAGCCCUUCGCCCCCCUGACGGUUCAGACGGACAGCGCCGGGCACCUGGCCCAGGGACACUUGCCCAGCCUGGCCUUCCCCCCAGGCCUGGCCGGCCAACAGUUCUUCAACCCGCUGGCCAACGGGCACCCGCUGCUGCUGCACCCCAGCCAGUUCGCCAUGGGGGGCGCCUUCUCCGGCAUGGCCGGCAUGGGCCCCCUGCUGGCCACCGUCUCUGGCGCCUCGGCGGGAGUCACCGGCCUGGACAGCACCGUGAUGGCCACGGCGGCGGCGCAGGGACUGUCCGGCGCAGCGGCUGCGGCGGCCGCGCUUCCCUUUCACCUGCAGCAACAUGUCUUGGCCUCACAGGGCUUGGCCAUGUCUCCCUUCGGAAGCCUCUUCCCUUACCCCUACACCUACAUGGCGGCGGCGGCGGCGGCCGCCUCGACGGCCGCCAGCAACUCGGUGCACCGGCACCCCUUCCUCAGCGCCGUGCGCCCUCGCCUCCGCUACAGCCCCUACUCGGUGCCGGUGCCCCUGCCCGACAGCAGCAGCCUGCUCACCACGGCCGUGCCCUCCCUGGUGGGCGCGGCGGAAGGCAAAGGCGGCGCCCUGGCACCCAGCCCGGCCUCGGGAGCCUUGGAUUCCGGCUCGGAGCUCAACAGCCGCUCGUCCACGCUCUCCUCGGGCUCCGUCUCGCUGUCCCCCAAGCUCUGCGGCGACAAGGAGGCCACCAGCGAGCUGCAGAACAUCCAGCGCUUGGUGAGCGGGCUGGACUCCAAGCAGGACAGAGCCCGGAGCGGGUCGCCCUAGACGGUCCCCC